AUGAGGCAUGGAGAAUUUAAUGUACGUCAGAACACAAUUCUUCCUAGAGAGCCUGAUGAGAUGCAUGAUGGAAAGAAAAUUGAUGACCAUAAUGUAACUGGAAAAUCACACAGACAUCAUGAGCAUCUUAGCUGGCAUCCCAAGAUUCAUAGUCAGCAGGAGGCUUUUGAAUAUAGUGGACAAGCAAAAGCCUUCAACACAGAGACAAUAUUAUUUACACAUAAGAAGUUUCAUAUGGGAGAGAUCACUUGUAAAUAUACUGAAUAUGGGAAUGCCUUUGAUAAGUCAGCUGUUAUUGCUCAAGACAUAACUCAGAAAGUACACAUAACAGAGACACAGUAUAAAUGCAGUGAAUAUGACAAAUCUUUCUUGAAGAAAUUAUCCCUUGCAGUCCAUAAGAGAACACAUACAGGAGAGAAACUAUAUGCAUGUAAUGAAUGUAGAGAAACUUUUAAGCAGAAGUCACUACUCAGGAGGCAUCAGAGAAUUCACAGAGGUGAGAAACCUUAUGAAUGUAAAGAAUGUAAGAAAUCUUUUUACCAUAACUCUUCCCUCAGAAAACAUAUGAGAUUUCACACAGAGGAAAGACCCUAUCAAUGUAAAGAGUGUGGAAAAGACUUUCACCAGAAGGCAAACCUCUGCACACAUCAGAAAAUUCACACAGGGGAGAAGCCCUAUGCAUGUAAUGAAUUUGGAAAAACCUUUCAUUUGAAGUCAAACUGCAACAAACAUCUGAGGAUUCACACAGGUGAGAAACCAUAUGAAUGCAAUGAAUGUAGGAGAUCUUUCUGUGAUCAGUCUUCAUGGCACAAGAGAAUUCACACAGGAGUAAAACCCUAUGAAUGUAAUGAAUGUGGGAAAACCUUUCACCUGAAGUCACACUUCAGUAGCCAUCAGAAAAUGCACACAGGUGAGAAACCAUAUGAAUGUAACAAAUGUAGGAAAUUUUUCUGUCAUACCUCAAGCCUCAAUAGACAUAAGAGAAUUCACACCAGGGAAAGACCCUAUGAAUGUAAUGAGUGUGGAAAAACCUUUCACGUGAAGUCACACUUCAGCAGCCAUCAGAAAAUGCACACAGAUGAGAAUCCACAUGAAUGUAAAGAAUGUAAGACUUUCUGCAUUAAAUCCAUCAUCCAUAUUCAUCAGAGAACUCACACAGGUGAGAAACCAUAUGAAUGUAAACAGUGUAGGAAAUCUUUUAGCCAGAAGUCAAACCUCAGUAGACAUGAAAGAAUUCACUUGAAUUCUUGA